GCCCGCCCGUCGAGCAGCGCCCCCCGCCGAGGCGAGAAUGAAGCCCGCCCGCGCGGCCGCCGUGCUCCUCCUCGCCUCAGCGGCUCUCCCCCCCGCGGCCGCGUCCCGCCUCUCGGGCGCCUCGCGGGCGGCGGCCCGCGCCACCAGCGCCUCUCGGUCGCCGAAGGUCGAGAACGUCGUGGAGCUGCUCAAGGAGCUGGAGGCUAGCCUGGAGUCCGACGAGAAGAGGGAGCAGAAGACGUACGACAAGUAUGCGUGUUGGUGCGAGACGAUCACUGCCAAGAAGGGGGCGAGUCCACGCCGCCGGAGGCGGCGGCCAUCGCCGAGGCGAAGGCGACCAUGCGCGAGCUGGGCCAGGAGAUCCUGACUCUGAAGGCCAAG